AUGCAAGGAACAAAUAUUGCAACUUCAUCAUUAUCUCAAGCAUCUCAACCACAAUUAUGGUCUCCUAUCAAUCCAAUAACUCAUCAAAAGACAAUGACCCCUACACAGACUGUUUACAGUGCUGAUGUUCUGGCUUCCACAGUACCAUCAUCACAACCACUAGCAUGUUAUUCACAACCUAUUUCUCAACCCAUUCAAGCAAGUCAUAUAAGCUCAGAACUACCAGCAGAUGGACCUCUUGUGUCUGAUUGUUAUGCUGCUCUUUUGGGAUUGGCUGAAACUUUCAGGACAAUGAGUCCUCCUAAUAUGCGACUUGCCGUUCAUUGUCUCAAAGCUAUUCUUCAGUUCAAACUUUCUGUCAAUCUAGAAGCUCGCACACAUUUACAACUGGGACGGCUACUGUUUCAUUAUAGCAAAAGCGAUGAACAGACAAAAUUUCACUUGGAAAAGGCUCGUACUUUGGGAGCACAUCUAAAAGCUAGUGAUGAUUCCAUCAAAUUUGAAGCCGCUACAUUGUUAGCUGAGUUCUUUGAAAGAAAAGGUAAACGAUAUGAAGCAACUUGUAUUCUAAACGAUGCCAUCAGAUUAUCAAAUAACAGUCCAUAUUGGCAUUGUCGAAUCUUAUUGGAACUGGCACAAGCUCAUAUUGCUGAACGAGAUGUGAAUUCAGCUUGUGAAAUAUUGGCAAUGGGCUCAGAAUAUGCACGUUUACAUAAUUCCGAUUAUACAAACGGUUUAUUUCUAUUAAGUAAAUGCAUGUUACUUUUGGCAAGUAGACAACUUCCGGAAGUUACAGUCACAUUAACCAAUGUUAGUCGAUUAAUUGAACAAUUCAAAGGAAAUAUGUAUCAUCGUGAGGCUUUACGUGUAUUUUACCUUGUUCUACAUGUUUCAUUUUAUCUUAUUUCUGGUCAAGCAAAAUCUGCCCAUCCAAUAUUACGACAACUACAUCAAAGUAUUCAACAAUUUGCUGCUAUGGAUGAAGCUGAUACUACAUCAACAAAUGAAAUUGAACGAUUUCAUUGGAUGCCCCGUGAACAUAUGGUUAUACUAGUUUACCUUGUUACGGUGAUGCAAUCAAUGCAAGCUGGAAUGUUGGAUAGAGCUAAACGAUCAGCUGAAAAAGCAUUAAUACAAAUUGAAAAACUAUCUGUAUUCGAUACUAGUCCAUUACUUACUGUAUUCCAUUUAAGUUUACUAGAACAUACGGCUAUGGGUCGUUUAGUAAUGGGUGUACAAACAGCAGCUGCACAAGAUAUUGGUCAAGCAUAUCGAAUAUGUCAAGCGAAUCCUGCACUAAUGUAUAAACGCCUCCCACAGUUGCAUACUUUAAUUGGCUUGUAUGCUAUGUCAAUGAAUUGUAUGAAUCAAGCGGAAAAUCAGUUUAAGUAUGCUUUAAGACUUAUUGCUGGACCUCAACAAGUUACUGGAUCUUUAGUACAUAUUCGGAAAGGUAAUACGGUUGAAUGUGAAGCAUUGUUAAAUGAAGUAUUUUCAUGUGGUAUCCAUGUGCUUGAAGGUUGUUGUUGUCUUCGUGCUGCUGCAGAUUAUGUACGAGCAUUUCAAGCAUUUUAUGAAAAUCGACUAACAGAUGCAAAAUUAUUUUUACGUGAAACUGUACGAUUAGGGAAUGAAGAAGAAUUGCAUCGUUUAUCAGCUUCAGCUUUUAUUACCAUGGGUCAAAUUCAUUUAAAUGAACAAAAUACAGCUGAAGGUCAUAAAAUGAUUAGUGCAGCUAUUCACAUAGCUAAUCGUUUACCCGAUAUAGGAAUUCAAUUAUGGGCAACUGCUUUACUUAAAGGUGUUGCUAAUCUACGUGGUGAUACACAAGAAGAAACUCGUUGGUUUACUGAACAUGAUCGUUUUUCAAAAAUUGUAAUACAUGAACAUAUGCGUGCUAUUUCCGCCCCAGAACAUUCACUUAUUGAGUGGUUAGAUGGACCAUUGCCAGAACUUCAACCACCGCAUACAGUUGCAUCGACUUCAGAUACUAAUUUAAUAUAA